AUGGCCCUCACACAACUCUCCAACUCGCCCGCGGCCGAGCAGCCGACGGGCCCCAUCGCCCUCGCCGGCGCCCCUCGCCCGGCUGGUGCCCCCAAGCCCAAGCCCCGCAAGCGCGUCAACACUGCCGAAAAGCGCCACCAGCACAAUGCUAUCGAGCGCCAGCGUCGCGAGACCCUCAACGGCAAGUUCCUUGUCCUCGCCCGCCUCCUCCCUUCCCUUGCCGCCUGCCGCCGCCCUUCCAAGUCGGCCAUCGUCAACGGUUCCAUCUCGCACCUCAGCCACCAGCGCAACCAGCGUCUCCUCGCCUCCAAGCUCAUCCGCCAGCUCGCCGCUGAGCGCGACGAGCUCUUCAAGGAGGUCAACGAGUGGCGCCAGGCCAACGGUUUCCAGCCCAAGCACGGUGCGCCUGCUGCCUGGAACGACGAGAUGGAGGAGGUUUGCCAGGUCGAGAAGGAGACCUUUGGCAACUUCGCCACUGUUGGCGGCGAUGGCGGUGACGACCAGCAGGAGGACGAGGACGAGUUGAUGAACCCUGGCGGUGACAACAACCACCUCGCCGAGGCCAUGGACCUCCAGCGUGCGGCCCUCGUUGCCGGCUCGCUCGGCAGCGGCCUCCUCACUCCUCGCUCGUCGACCGACAUCAGCUCCGGCAUGCCCAACCAGUCCCUCUUUGGCGGCGUCAGCGUCAAGACUGAGCCCGUCAACUGGACCAGCAACUACUCGCUCCCCGCCUCGGCUGUCCCCUCGUUCAACGCCUUCAUGACUUCGGACUCGGUUGACGCUUCCUCGACUGGUUCGCCUGUCGGCUCGCACCACAGCGCCAUCCUCACUCCCCCGAGCAUUGAGAACGCCAACGUGUACACGCACACGCCUUCGCCCCGCUCCUCUGGCAGUGCCGAGGAGCCCUCGACGGCCCCUGCCCACGGCACCCCUGCUGCCACCCGCGCCGGCCCCCAUCGCCAGAACUCGAUGCCCGCCCACUGGUCGCCCCAGCAGCUUGCCUUCCUCCAGCAGCAGGUUCACCAGCAGUCGCUCCACCGCCAGCAGCAGCAGCACGCCGCUCUUGCCGCCCUCGCUGCCCAGCAGCCCCAGGCCGACAUGAACAACAUCUUCCUCGGUGCCAGCUCUCAGGCGUCUUCCCCGACCGCCAACCAGCAGAACGGCCUCGCUCAGCUCAUGGCCACCAUGUUCCCCCAGCAGCGGGAAUCAGGUGUCAACUCCGAGCAGAUUGAGCACUGGCGCAAGCUUGCCUUUGGCGGCAUGCCUGCCCAGCAGCCCCAGCAGCAGCAGCAGUUGAAUCUCAACUUCAACUGGAACGACCAGGCUGUCGGCGCUGUUUAA